UGUCUACUACCUUACUAGAACCCCCCUCCCUGUCGGCGUAGACAACACGGUGCAACCGACGCCUCGAGAAGCGCUUUCCAUCUUUCCGACCUCUGGGACACUGUCUCAAGAUCGUCUAGAAAUCCAGCCAUCAUGGCUCAAAUGGGCGACAAUCUUGUCGACCAGGUCGCUCAGUUGAACGCGGCCCGCAACCUCGUCCUCGGAGAUGCCGCCCUCUAUCCCCAGAUCGUUCAUGGCAUCCUACCGAUUAUCGGCGCUCAUUCCCGACUCGAACUUAGGCGAUGGGGAUCGGACUUUCUAGCAGAGACGUUCGCCAGUCCUGUGCUGGCCACUGCGCAGAAGGAUGUGUUGGCGGAGAAGGUGCUACAAACUUUACGGGAGAUAUUGGAGCUACCAGAAGGCGAUGCAGCAGUUCUCAAGAGCGUUGUACAGGCUUCUGCUAGCCUGUAUCCUCUGGUAUUCAGACAUGUUAUUAAUCACCCGGCAGCUACUGCAAUAUGGGAGUCCAUGACAGCCAUCAAACAGAAUAUUCUCCAACGAUGGGACAAUUUCCCUACGGCCGUCAAAAUAUGCUGUGUCAAGUUCGUGCAGCGCAUCAUCCAAGUUCAGACCCCUGGCUUGAUCUCAGACCCGAGACGACCAGAACAGAACGAAACCUCCCUGGCCAUCGUUCCUCGCGGCCACGCCCUUUUGACAAUCCCGAACCUGGAGGCAGAAUCCUCGGGACUACUCGAUAGACUGCUAUCUGUCUUCCAGGAGAAUUCAAGUGACCCUUUAUUCGUGAAUGCGACACUCAACUGUCUGUCCGUCCUCAUCCGAACCCGACAAUCGAUUUCCAACAAGAUAAUCAGCGCCAUUCUCAGUUUCAAUCCCCAUAAACAAGUAAAUGGCCCAAUGACCCCGUCUUUGCGCGUUGGUCUCAAGUCAAUGGAGAGAACGACUAGGUCGCUGUUGGUCAAUAUUAUGAAGAGAAGCCCUAAUCAUCCGUUGGCGGGUAAGAUGCAACAGCACAUUGAACGCAUGGCCCAAUCUCGUGUGGAGGCCCUGGACGAGAUCUCUCGCAAGCGUACACUCCCCGGGGAGACGAUAGAUAGCCUUGAAAGUGCCAAACGUGCCAGAAUGGACGCACCGACACCGCCGACAGUCAAGAUUCCGCCUUUGCCCCAGGGUCCAAUCAGCUAUUCCCAACUCUUUACUCUGACAGAAGAUGCCGGCCUGUCCUCGUUCGACGUAAAACAACUGCCUAUGGAUCUGAUUGUCCGGAUCACGGUUCCGGUGCUUGCACGAAUUGACCCAUCUGUCUUCAGUCAAGCUCUGGAGGGUAUCCGCAAUCGAUACCAAACAUUGAGCCAGCAGCAAGCUGCGUCACGACAACCUGCAGCGGUAGAGGAAGAGGAGGAUGACUAUGAGCCGGAAUACCAACCGAUGGAUGUGUCAGACCUAGGCCCUGACCAGCCAGACGCCACAAAACCCGAAGUGGAUGAGUUCCAGCCUGAUAUCGUAUCACUUGGCCCAUUUGUUCUUCCACAACCACCACCCUUAACAGAGGACGAGGCAGGCGAGCUUGGUCGCAGCGCGGCCACUCGUGUAUUUAGCAUGCUCGGAGCUCCAGACUUGUCUUCUCAGCCGGGGAAAGCACAGCAACGUCCCCUGGGGUUUUCCAGGCUGGCGGGAAGUACGUUUGACCGUGACGCAUGGGCGACGUUGCUCACCAGACUUGCCACGCGAGCCCCGGCUGGCCUUGAGGUCGACACGGGUGACACCAAGACUGACCGCGGCUUGCAAAAGAAACCUACUGUCUCAGACACGGUGCGCGAGACGCUGUACCGGUACAUCCUCGAGGAUUUCCGGUCGAGGCUCAACCUCGGCAUCUCCUGGCUCAACGAAGAAUGGUACAACGACCGCAUUCAACUCCGCUUUGCUGCGACUCAGCGCGGCGAAGAAGACUCGGAUGAGCCCUCUGUCCCGCUGCACUACGAUCGCUGGGUUGUCCGCCUACUUGACGGGAUAUUACCGUACCUCGACUCUCGUGACCUCAAGGUUCUCGUGCGCUUCCUCAGCGAGAUACCCGAGAUGACCAUCCCGGUCGCGCAGCGAGUCGCGAGUCUCGCCAAGGAUCCCGAACGAGUGAACCUUUGCGUGCAAGCCUUGCUGUAUCUGAUCAUGUUCCGCCCCCCCGCGAGAGAGAUGUGCUUAAACACUCUUGAGGAUGUCUACAACACUUAUGAGGAAUCCAGGCCUGUCGCCGGCAAGAUCCUUGUAAAAUGGCGACCGGCCGCGGUCGAGACACAGCAAUCUGAAACCCCCGCAGAAACGUCGCAACAAUAAUUUAUAUCGAUAUAGAUGAGUGGUAAAGCUAUCGAGACAUGCGGCCAUGGACAUCGUGUAUUUUAUAGUGUACUUCAUGGGAAUUGUACAAUAACUGGACUUGUUAGGCAAUACUAGAAC